AUGUAUUCAAACGUGGUCUUCUGCUCUCUGUUGCUCUUUGGUUCUGUGACUUGUCUGAUUCGAGAAGAGGAGUUAACAGUUUUAUCAGUGCAAGAGUUUUUGACAAAGUAUGGAUACCUACCAGAGAAAAUCAAAGGCUUCGACUACACUUACACCAAACAGGCGAUUGCAGAUGGCGUUAAGAAGAUGCAGGCGUUCGCGGGUCUGCCUCAAACUGGGAGGAUUGACGUGGAAACGUCAAAGCUCUUCAAAAUGAAAAGGUGCGGCGUUAAAGACAUCGUUAAGACCAAAUCUACAAGAGGAAAAAGAUAUAUUCUACAGCAAGGCUGGGAUAAGAAGACGAUAACUUACAGCGUAUUAAACGGAUCGAGUACACUCCAGAAAUCUCGUAUCGAGUCAUUAAUGGCUGCUGGUCUGGCAGUGUGGGCACCGCACGGAGGCCUCACCUUCCGCCAACAUGAGACCAAGCCUGACAUACAGGUAUCUUUCGUCAGCAGAGACCAUGGCGACGGAUUUCCAUUUGAUGGUCCCGGACGGGUGGUCGCUCAUGCAUUUCCACCUCCUCAUGGCGCCAUGCACUUCGACGACGAUGAACUCUGGGGUGACAAUCCGAAUGAGGAAGACGAAGACGUGACUGACUUCUUCGCGGUUGCAGUCCAUGAAAUUGGUCACGCGCUUGGCUUGUCUCACUCCAAUGUUAAGGCUUCGGUUAUGUACCCAUACUACCAGGUACCUGUUGAAAAGCUACAUGAAGACGAUAUUUUAGGGAUGCGCGAACUAUAUUCUUCAGUAACGAACGAGAACUCCAGAGAAGUCUCCGAAGCGACGACGGAGGCCGUAAACUCGCGUUCGUCGGUCGUUCCCCGUUUCACAAAAGCUGAUAGUGAAGACGAAGAAGACAUUCCAGAUCUUUGUUUUACAUAUUACGACACUAUUCAAGUCAUACAAGGCAAAAUAUUCGUAUUCGAAGAGGAGUGGGUGUGGGUGCUGUCGGAGAGGAAGCAAAUAGAAAAGGGCUACCCGAAGAGGUUCCACGAUGUGUUCGUCGGUUUACCAAAGUACAUUAACGUGAUCAAAACUAUUUACGAAAAACGAAAUGGGCAUAUUGUUAUAUUUCUAAAUCGUAACUACUGGGAGUUCAGUUCGCGUUUCCGUCUGAUAAAGCGAGGAAGAAUUACAGAAUACUCCCUACCACCUCAGGUUUCAGAACUAACUACAGUGUUUGUAUCAAAUUACAACAACAGAACCUACCUGAUCGAAGAAGAGAGGUUCUGGCGGUUCAAUGAGGAUACCGGUAAAAUGGACCGUGGCUAUCCUAAGAAAAUGUCUGCUUGGAGGAAGGUACCCACGCCUGUAGAUGCAGCCAUUGUUUGGAAAGGAGACACCUUCUUCUUCCAAGGGCCUCGCUUUUGGCGCUUCGACAACAGAUUGAUUCAAGCUCACGAAUAUUAUCCAUUGCCAACAGCGCAAAUAUGGUUUCCCUGUGACCCUACACCAGAGAUGGCUAGAUACCUAACCAAUGAAGAAGCAUAG